CAAUACCUUGAAGAACACAUAAGUAUUGUUUAGUGAUUCAAGAAAAGUGCGUUUUUUAGUAAAGAAAUUUUUAAUAUUGCAAUAUUUAUUAAAGAAAGCUGAGAGGAUAGUAAAAUUAUUUUCAAUUAUACUGUUUUAUAUGAACGUCUGUUGGUGUCGCCCUUCAGCAAAUAAGGUUAUUGCAAAAGCAGUUUACCAUAACUGAAGCGCCUUUAAAUCGAGUUGAUAAAAACGUAUAUAAAGAAACAUUUCACAAAUAUACAAGUGCAGAUAAUAGUCACAGACGGAAUACGCAAAUAUUGGCAUUGACUAUUGGAACAGUAAUCUGAAAUAUUGAGAGGUAAUAAGCAGAAAUUACUCGCAUGUGUGCAUCCUGUCAACAACCAUAAAUGAUUUAUUUAGUUUAAUACGCGCUAGUGAUCAACUCGCUUGACUUUCAACUACCGAUAAGGCAAAUAAAAUCGAGUGAAAUUACACAAUUCUCCAAUAUACAGACAAUCAAUUAUAUACAUAUUAUUGUGUAUAUAGUUGCUGUGCAAAUUUAAAGGUUCCUUCAAACUCAACAACGGAGCCGCCGCUACGAGCUGUGAGCUGUGAAAACGAAACUGAAACGGUUAUUCAACCAACAAACUGAAUUGAUUCCGAGGCGAACGCUUAAAGACGACGGUUGGUCGAGCGGGAAAUUGAAAAUAUAAUACAAAUCGUACAAUUCAAAAAGUCCAAGGAAAUAAUUCUGUAAAGAAUACAAUACUUUGAGUUUAAGACGUUUUUGUAAAAGUCAACAUCACUAACGGUGAUAAUUAAGCAUUGCAUUAGUUUUUGCAAUAACAACAACAACGUGCAUGAAACGACGAAGUUGAAAUUUGUGAUUCGUGCAUUUUUUUGGUUGUGUUCAAUUUGUUUCUGCAUUUUCAUGAGUGCAAAGUCAAAGACUGCAUUUUGAGCAAAACAAAAGUCAACAAAACAUACGAUAUACUAGCAAAGUGUUACGAAAAUAACCGAAACUACUUGUAUAUUCAACAACGGCAAAAAUUCACACAAAGAAUUGCAACAGCAAGCAGAAUAAGUGCAGAGUGCAAGCAGAGAAUAGAAAGUAGAAAGCUUUGAAAAAAAAAACUCUUGCAGCCAAGGAGAUACACAAGAGGCAGGAAGAGUAGCACAAGCAUAUUGCAAAAAAAGCUAAUAAAGUGUAUAUAGCUUACUCAAUUCAAACCUACGCACACACCCCCCACAGUACAGCGCAGGUCUUUGUAAAAAAACAAGAAAAGAAAAAAACAGAAACGUACUAUUGCAAAGUCACAUAAAGCUUUGAGAGCAUCUAACUAAAACGUAUUUGUGCGAAAAAGCAUAUAUACCUACAAUUUGCAUUGAACUAAUCGCGGAAGCGAACGAAUUGUGAAAAAAACAACACUAGAUACCUCGUUGUGCAAAAGCUAGGCAAAUCGACAGAGAUGGAGAAAGAUUUGAAUGGUGCAAUGCAGAGCCUUGCUAUUAAUAGCAGUGGCAGCGCUAUUGUCAAUGGUUGUUGUCGCGGCACCGACGGCGACGUUAUCGGUAAGCUUUCGUGCCACAGUCAACAACAACAAUUUGACGAUUGCAGCAAGCUCAGCAACAAUCAAAACAGCGGUCAUUGCGGCGCAUGCAAGUGUAACGUUAGUAUACAGUCAGCGGACGAGACAGACAACGUACGCGUUGCUAACGGCGCAGUUGGCGGCGUAGCCAAUGUUACAUCCAGUUUCGCGUACAAAUUGGCAUCUGCGCAGCAGUUACAGCAACUUCAGCAGCAGCAACAGCAGCAAGCACAGCCACAAACACCACCGCCACCAUACGCUAACGCUAGUGCCGCGGAAAAACACAAAAUGGUUCACGAGUUAUGUCAGCAAUUAAUAUUAACGGAUGAACAGAUCAAGGAAUUAAAUUAUCGCAUCCUGCACGAGAUCAAGCGUGGCCUCAACAAGGAUACACAUCCCAAAGCCGAUGUCAAGUGCUGGGUAACGUAUGUACAAGAUUUGCCAAAUGGCAAUGAACGUGGCAAAUUCCUUGCACUCGACCUUGGCGGCACCAAUUUUCGUGUGCUGCUCAUCCAUCUGAAGGAGGAGCAUGAUUUCCAAAUGGAAUCACGCAUUUACGCUAUACCACAACACAUCAUGAUCGGUACCGGUCAGCAGUUGUUCGAUCACAUCGCUGAAUGUUUGGCUAGUUUCAUGUCGGAGCAUAAUGUGUAUAAGGAGCGCUUGCCAUUGGGCUUCACCUUCUCCUUCCCACUGCAACAGCUCGGUCUGACCAGAGGUCAUUUGUCCACAUGGACGAAGGGUUUCAAUUGUUCCGGUGUAGUUGGUGAAGAUGUUGUGCAACUAUUGAAGGACGCCAUUGCGAGACGUGGUGAUGUACAAAUUGAAAUUUGUGCUAUUCUAAACGAUACUACUGGUACAUUGAUGUCGUGCGCCUGGAAGAAUCAUAAUUGCAAAAUUGGUUUGAUUGUUGGUACCGGUUCCAAUGCUUGCUAUGUAGAGCGUGUCGAAGAAUGUGAAUUGUUCGAAGGCGCAUCUAAUGGCAAAUCACAUAUGCUCAUUAAUACAGAGUGGGGCGCUUUGGGUAAUAACGGUAUGUUGAACUUCCUGCGCACCGAAUUCGAUGACGAAAUCGACAGACACUCCAUCAAUCCGGGCAAACAACUGUUUGAGAAAAUGAUUUCGGGCAUGUACAUGGGCGAAUUGGUACGUUUGGUGAUAGUUAAGCUGGUCAAAGCAGGUGUACUCUUCAAGGGACAAGAUUCAGAUGUGUUGAUGACACGCGGCCAAUUCUUCACGAAAUAUGUUUCAGAAAUCGAAGCUGAUGAACCAGAUAAUUUCACCAACUGCCGCAUGGUGUUGGACGAAUUGGGCUUGAACGACGCCACCGAUGAGGAUUGCGCCAAUGUCCGUUAUGUCUGCGAAUGUGUCUCAAAGCGUGCUGCGCAUUUGGUGUCCUGCGGUAUUGCGACGCUUAUCAACAAAAUGGACGAAAAACAGGUGACAGUCGGCGUUGACGGUAGUGUAUAUCGUUUCCAUCCGAAAUUUCACACGCUGAUGGUGGAGAAAAUCUCAGAACUGAUAAAGCCAGACAUUAGCUUCGACCUGAUGCUGUCCGAAGACGGUUCCGGACGUGGUGCGGCGCUAGUUGCGGCGGUAGCGUGUCGGGAGGACAAUAUCAUCAAAGCGAAGUAAAAGCAAUAGUCCAUUACAAGAAAGAGCUUAGUAUAGUAUGUGAGUAAGCCGAUUUAGUAAUGAAAGCGAGCGCAAGCUACCAGUGCCCCUCUCCCUCCUAAGCAAACCAUAAAUAUGUAGGUGAAUUAUGCUAACGCUAACACGCCAACAAAACAAUAACAGUAAUGUUAAUUCAUAUGAAUGUGACAACCGUCACACAAUUCAAAAAGUAGUAGUAGUGAUGUAAAAACAACAGCAACACAAAACAUUAAAAGCAAAAACAAAGAAAGAACUACGAUGCAGCAGCAAUCACAUGACAUGACGUUUUACGCGCAAACUCAGUGGUGAAAGCAACAAAGUGAUAGAUAUAUAUUAUUAAAACAGGAUACAAAGGAUGGCGAGUAGAUGUGCUGUGCGAUAUACAUAUAUAUUAUAUAAUAAUAGUGCAGAGCAACGUGUGAGAGAUGGGGGAAGGCCGCACGGCAGCCCUCCAAAGCAUGCAGUGAGUGAUGUGACGAGUAUUGCCGCAAAAGUUGUAAAGAUAAAUAGGCAGUAGUAGCUGCAACAACAACUUCAGCAAACAGUUGUCACUACCUAUGUAUAUUUGUUGAUUUUUUUAGCGAUAAAAAUAAAUUAAAAUUAUUUUAACUAUGUAGAGAAAUAAUUAUAAAUAUUUGCACUAUUUUUUGUUUAAGAAAUUCGUUAACUUAUUCCUAUAGCAAAGCGAAAGCAAAUACGAAUUUUAAACAUUGUAAGAUUUGGCACAAAAACGUAUUUUUUAUUUAGUUUUAUGUUACCUUAGCACCUUUUUAGACUAUUUAGUUGGUUAAAAUUAGCAGCAAAAGACAACUGCGUAAAACUGCUUUAAAGAAAAUAUGUAUGUACAUACGUUCAAGUAGAUUUCAAAAAAAAAAAAAAAAAAAA